UUCGUCAUUCCGCGGGAAAGUUAAAGAAGAAAGACGAUUGCUUCAAAUUUCGGACAUUGAACACUGACAACAAUUCAUCAUGUUCAUCACCGACAUUCGGAAGGAUUUUUACGAGAAAGUGCUUCACAAGCGUGUUCUUGUCUUGGUGUCAUUUGACGUCGAUGCCAUAUGCGCUUGUAAAAUCCUGCAAGCCUUGUUCCACUGUGACAGUGUUCAGUACACGUUGGUGCCUGUGGCCGGCAAGAUGGAUUGGGAACGAGCAUUUUCAGAGCAUGCAGAGCAGCUUGAGUUUGUCGUUAUGAUCAAUUGUGGUGCAACGUUGGACAUCCUAGAGACAUUGCAACCAGAAGAGAAUGUAACCUUCUUUGUAUGUGACAGCCAUCGACCUAUGGACCUUGUUAAUGUCUACAAUGACACUCAGGUGAAGUUGCUCAUGUCUCCUGAAGAAAGCAUCCCAAAGUACGAAGACAUCUUCAGGGAUGAAGAAUCGGACAAUGAGGAUGACAGCGGACAUGACAGUGAUGGUUCAGAACCUAACGGGAAGAGGAGACGUUUUGAUGAGGAUGCUUUGGAGAGGAGGAUGGAGCGACGACGUCAGCGGAGGGAAUGGGAUGAACGCAGACACCAACUGCUCUUUGACUAUGAGGAAUUCUCAGGCUACGGCCAGUCUGCUGCAAUGAUCAUGUAUGAUUUGGCGUGGAAGAUGUCAAAAGACACAAAUGAUUUGUUGUGGUGGGCUAUUGUUGGUUUGACUGACCAAUUGCUUUCCAAGAAAGUUGAUAGAGAGACUUAUGUUCUUGAAGCCACUGAGUUGAAUCGCCAUGUUGCUCGUCACAACCACCGAGGUGAAGAAGACGACGAUUCUGUGUCCAUCAACUCCAUGAGGAUCUCCUUCAACUCAGAACUUCAGUUGGCGUUGUACAGACACUGGUCGCUCUUUGAAAGCCUAAGGCAUUCCUCGUACACAGCUUGCAAUCUGAAGCUGUGGACCUUGAAAGGCUUCAAGCGACUCCAUGAGUUCCUGGCCGACAUGGGCGUGCCACUCUCGGAGUGCAAGCAGAAGUUCUCAGCCAUGGACAUGGGGCUCAAGGACAACGUCACCGAUUGGCUGGUCACGUCAGCUCGGAAAUUUGGAUUGGAACAGAUAUCUCUCUCGUCUUUCCAUGCCCAGUAUGGCUUCAAGAACAAGUUCUGUGCCUUUGACGUAGCCUAUGCAGUCAAUGCUCUACUGGAAUCUGUGGAGACAGAGAAUACCCCAGAAGGUUGUUUCUUGGAAGCGCUUGACUGCCUGUCGAGAUCCAACAUUGACAAGCUUUUGCACGGCUUGGAGCUUUCCAAGCGUCAAUUCCGUGCCACGGUCAACCAAGUCCAAUCCUUGCUGGACAUGAGCCAGGUCAUCUCGGCCGGGUCGUUCCUCUACGCCUUCAUCCAGGAAGGGACGCCGGAUACCAAGUACUUCUCCCGGCCCAACUGUCUGGGCAUGCUGGCUCGGUUCACGUUGGAAGCCUAUGUGAAAAUGUCCAAGAACAGGAAAGCCAGGACCUUACCACUGGUCAUGACAGCACCCUUGAACCUGGAGACAGGAACCCUGUUGGUUGUUGGGAUACCGCCCCUACCAGAGUUGGAACAGAGCUCUAAGAAUUUCUUUGGAAGAGCCUUUGAGCAAGCUGGAAAGAAGACUGGCUCAAGAAUUCUUCACGACAACUUUGACUCCUCAGUAAUAGAAAUGAAGAACGAGGAUCGCAGUAAAUUCUUUGAUGCUCUGAUCUCUCUCCUGACAAUCUGAUUUGAAGAAACUGAACAAGGCAGUUUGAACUCUUGGAAAAUGACCGUGAUGAUUCAAUCAAUCAACACAGCUCUUUGUUGAAACACCAUGUGAAGUUUUCCAGUAAUAAGUGGAUAUGUAGCUUUACUUAAGAGAUUUUUGUAUGUGUCCACUUCAAGGAUACAUGAAAAAAAAUAUGUUGAGAUGAAGUCAAAUGUUUUAUGAGGACCUAGUCUUUAUAUGUAUAACAAUAAAUAUAAAAUUUGUACAAUGUGUAAAUAAACAAUUCUCGUAUCUCUUUGAGGUGUAUAUUUAUUAUCCGAUGCAGGCUUUUGAAUGUGUGCAUCAACAUGGUUUAACUUAUGAGUAAAAUGAUUGCAGUUACACCAUGGAUCAAUCCUGCAGUCCCCUGAGACAGAGUACACUGUUCGAAACGUUGAGUUAUUCCCUGAUUCUACUCAGAACCACACAUACUCAAGAAAUAGAUUGAUCCACGGCGUAACCGCAAUCGUUUCACUGAUAUAGUUCUUUCACUAUGAAAACGUUCAAGUCUUAUUCGGUCUAACUUCAUGAAAUUGUUACCACAUGCAGAGUUUCUUUAAUGAAAUGUCUAAUCGCUGCGUUCAUCAAAUCUCAGGUUCAAUUUGUGGCAGCUAAGUCCCCGGCUAGAAUGAUGAACCUCAUGUUUAUUUUGAUUAUAAAGUAUUGUACACAAACAGAUUUAUAUGCAAAUGUUAGAUUAUCUCUACAAGGCCCUCAAGGAACUACCUAUAUACAUAUGUUUGCAUAGUUCUUCAUAAAUACAGAAAUUUACAACACUAAAUAUCAAAGACAAAACCGAAGAAAUAACUAUUUAAACAAUAACUUAUAAAUACAUUACCUCAAGGGAAACCUAAUGCAUAAUUCUGUCUAAUUUCAAAUCAUAUUUCAGUAUACAUAUAUUAUUCUUCCAUUAAUCAAAUAUACAUUUCAAAUUUUUAAAACUUAGUAACCAUCUCAAACUGACUCCUUCAAUAAUUGAGUUUGAAUUCCUUUUGGAACAAAAAAAGUUUAUGGGGAAAUGAACCCUUGUAUUUCAUGCUCACUUUGUGGACAGCAAGAAUCAACAGGUGUUGAGUUAUUAGUUUCAUUUAAGUAACAUUCUCAAGAAGAAACAGUAAAGGUAUGCACCCUCUCCCCUUCAUGAGCACUACGUGGUUCUGCUUGGAGAAAGACCCAUGGCAUGUGUUAUAAUUAUUAUGUGUAUGCUUGAUAAUCCAGGCAAAUGUAGGGAUUAAAGCCAAUGUGUAGAGUCGGCAAACAAGUAAAAAAAAAAAAAUUGGUCUUGGAAGGUAUCACAUGAAAGUGCGACCAGACAUUGCCAAACCAGGCUGAAGUCAGAAGAAAAACCUUUUCAUUACUUACAUAUUUAACCGGUGAAACUUGGAUAGUCUUUUUCCCAAGCCGUCUCAGUACAAACUGCUCUUUAAAAUAGUUUGAGGAGCAUAACGAACAACUAAUUAUGCGCUCAACUUUGCAUGCCACAUCACCUUCUGCAGCAUGGAUUUGGAGGGUUGGCUCUCAUGGCAGUAAAUAACACAUGCAUUCAAAGUAGCUUUGCGUCAUGGAUGAUGGACCCCCAGGAUCAUUUGUCUCUUGUUUUCUGGUAUUUGUUAACUUAAAUGUAAAUAAAGAAUGGCAAGUGUAAAUAUGUA